AUGAUGGCCGAGCUCGCUCCAUCAGACGCCGAGGGACGCUACAUGCGCCCCGCCUCCCCUCUUGCAGCUCCCCCUCCAAGCCUUGAGCCAGAGUCGAAUUACGCUGUCUACGUGGGCGUGGCGUGCCAAUGGUGCCACCGAGUUCUCCUCGCGCUUGCUUUGCUGCGCUUGGAGAACGUUGACGUGAGAUAUGUCGUGCCAGGGGAUGAUGGACUCUGGAAACUCACAAACAAAGAGGAAGGUUUGCUCAGGGAUGUAUAUUUGGAGAAGGAACCCGGUUACACGGGGAGAUUUACUGCGCCGUUGAUGAUGGAACCCAUGGGUGGGGGAGGGAUUGUUUCGAACGAGUCAGCGGAUAUUUUGCGCUCCUUGGGCGAUUUGGCUGGCAGGGUGAACAUAGAUGAAGAAACUACUGUGUGGCUGCGGCCCAGGAAGGAGAAUGAAUUUGGAGUUAAUGUGGACGAUAUGGAUCGCUUCUGCGUGAGGUUGUACGAUUGUGUUAAUAAUGGUGUGUAUCGGUGUGGGUUUGCGACGUCGCAAAAGGCAUAUGAGGAGGCUCAAAAUGACUUGUUUGAAUGCCUAGAUGAUGUGGAGGCUCGGUUGCAAUCGUCGCGCUUCCUGUUCAGUCCCGUCGUUAUCACAGAAGCUGACGUCCGGCUGUUUCCGACAGUGUUUCGGUUUGACGCCGUGUACGCUCUGCUGUUCAAGGCAUCGCGGAAAACGAUUCGUGCAGACUAUCCGGCGAUAUCUGCGUGGAUCAGAGAUAUUUACAACAUGUCCGGCGUGCCUGAGACUUGUGACUUGGCGGGGACGAGGGAAAACUAUUUCACUAGCUUGUUUCCGUUGAAUCCUAGCGGCAUAGUGCCUGUAACUCCUGUUCAAGAUCUUUCUCCAGCUCCAACUCGACGAGGUCUUGGUGUGAGUGCGACAGUGCCGUAGUAUCCAAAAGCAGGAAUUCCAAAUGAUGACCGUCGUCUCCAAUGCAUUUCGGUACAGCAGGAUGUAAGCCACACUGCAUCAGGAGGACAGCAGAUGUGGUGCUUCGAGCGCGUGUUCAGAGUUACGCCGAACCUGUCCUAGCGACAAUAACUGGUGACCUCGCUGAAGCAAUGCUUGAAGUAACUCCUGUGCUUGUUCCUCGUCUACUUUUGCAUAUUGAGAAGAAUUCAUGUGCCUUGAACCUUGUUGAGAACCCGCCUCAAGGUGACAAGGUUGUUGACAGGAAGACAUAAUUGUUCCCUUCAUAUUCAUAGGCUGGACUUUGGUUGAGGAACUACCUCUACGUACGAUUCCUGCAGAUCAACUCUAGACGCAGAUUUAUCACUUUGUGGAGCAGAAUGUUCCUUGGAACCAAUGUUUUUCUGUGGCAUACCCUGAGUUUCAAUUUCUGACCAGUGCUCCGGAUUCAAACUGAUAUUCUGAAGAGUGUGUUCACUACGACGCGCUUCGUACAGCGCAUCUUGUCCCUUAAAUCCUAGCGCGG